AUGCACCUGCUGCAAGCGGUUCCUCGGUGCCUGUGGGUGGUAAUUCUGCUAGCUGCAGUGGUGGUUCUGGCCAACGGCAGCACCGUUAAAAGUGACGAUUACAGCGAAACAGUUGCUACGUUUGUGUUUCGCUUUAUACGCGACCAUAAAGGCUUAAAGCUGGGCGUCGUGUUCGGGUGUGAUCAGAAGUUAUUGCUCAUUUACAAGGUUUUAUCGCAACUGGCCACCGGAGGCGUUCUGACACGGAGCGUACACAUUGACCGCGUGGGCGAACCUAGGCACGAACGGUAUUCGAGCACUCUUCGACAGUCGCUCGAAUUCCAUCAAUUUGUGCUGCUCGACAUGGCCUGCGAGAACGCACCGGAUGUCCUGGAGCAGGCGUCGAGAUAUGAGCUCUUCAACGCAUCGUUCCAUUGGCUGAUAAUUGAUAAAAAUUACAAUCGCAUCGUGGACAGCGAUGAAACGGCAACUGAUGGAUCCCUGGCAUGGCCUGCUACGACCAAGGGUAACACAUCGUCCGAGAAUACGUUCCAUCGACUAGCCGAACCCGUCGACUAUGGCCCCGGAGCAGAUGGUUCGAUCGACGGUGGAUGGACGGAUGAUUGUAACGGCACGCUUGCGACUACUACCUUCGAUCUACUCGCAACAAUGAACGUCAGCAUCAACGCAGAACUAACCGUUGCCAGGCCCACGGACGCGUCCUAUCGAGGAUUCACACUCUAUGAUCUCUGGAAUCCGGGCUUCAUCAGCGGUGGCAAAUUGAAAGUGGAACUACUGGGCAGAUACUCGCCCGCCGACGGGCUAGUGAUUGGAAGACGCGAAACGACCGUCGUCCGCCGGCGGAACAUGGACGGGCUGAAGCUAAAGAUAAUGACCGUGGUGAUACAGAAACCACACCAACCGUUCGAGCGGUAUCUUACGACACCACAGAACACCCAUCUCGAUUCCGUCCACCGCUACAACUACGGCCUGAUGAGCAUGCUGAGGGAUUUCUACAACUUUACGUUUGUCAACCGGCGCACGAAAAGCUGGGGCUAUCUGCGGAACGGCAAGUUCGAUGGCAUGAUCGGUGCCCUGUCCCGGCGAGAGGUUGACCUCGGCGGUUCGCCAAUGUACUUCCGCCAGGAGCGCCAUCGCGUCGUAAGCUACACGACUCGCUCCUUCAUCGAACGGCCGUGCUUCAUCUUUCGCCAUCCGCCAAGGAACGAAGCGGUAAAGAAUCCAUUUCUGCUCCCGUUCGAAAUAAUCGUCUGGUACUUGAUGGUCGCUUGCGGUUCCAUCCUGACGCUAGCAUUGUGCUGCAGUUUUUUCGUCGAGGAUGCAGCCGCUGCCGGUGGAGCUGUUGAUGCUACGGCGAACAAUUGCCAUAACAAGGAUACCCGGGCAAACAUAUCGACGACGCAUCGAUCCCACCCGGCGGACGGAAACGCUGGCGCCAAAUGCAAUUAUAAAGCGGAAAAGGUAUCGAAAAGCAUUUUACUCUUCGUCGGCGGUGUAUGUCAACAAGGAUUAUCCGAGAUACCGCACCUAUCAUCCGGCAGAUGUACGUCAUUUUUCAUCCUGCUCUUCGGCUACCUCAUGUACCAGUACUACUCGGCCAGCAUCGUCGGCACGCUGCUAAUGGAGCAACCGAAGACCAUAAAAACGCUCCGUGGCUUGAUUGAUAGCCGGCUGACGCUCGGGAUCGAGGAUAUUCCCUAUUCCAGAGAUUACUUUGUGCGCACGACAGAUGCCGACUCGCUGGAACUGCACCGGACCCGGAUCGAGUACUAUGAGCCGCGAACGGGACGGAACGAGUCACACUUUCUGCCGGCCGCCGACGGAUUGCAGCUGGUCCGGGAGGGUGGAUACGCGUUUCACGUGGCCAUUUCGGCCGCCUACCGCAUCAUCCGGCGGACGUUCGGUGAGCGCGAAAUUUGCGAGCUGAGCGAAAUUGAUAUGUUUCCCGUCUGGUCGCAGUGGAUGGUGGCGAUCGUGCAGAAAAACUCACCCUACCGUGAUGUCAUAACGUACGGAUUACGCCGGUUGAAUGAAGCGGGAUUAAUGCAGCGGCAGAGGCACGUCUGGCAGGAGCCGAAACCGAAAUGCGUCCGCCAGAUUGCCCCGACCGAUUUGAUAGUCGGCCUGGACGCGGUAGUGUCGGCGUUCGUCCUGCUGCUUACCGGAGCCGCCCUGGCUAUCGGUGUGCUGGUCCUGGAAAUCCUCUGCCAUCGGCUUCGGCUCGCUCGGUACGGGUUGUGA